AUAGUGAGAGAAAAUAUAACAUACAAGAUGCAGAUUUAAACGGAAAGUCAGUACUCAGUAGUAGUCUUAAACAGUCUACCACAGUGAACAAAACUUCAAACGAAAAAAAAUAAAAUUCUCUCUCACACUAAAUCCCUAUUCCUUCCUAUAAUUUAUAAAAUAAUAACUUCUCAUUCACAAAGCCCCAACUUAGCUACUAAUAAUUGAUGCGAUAAGAUCCGAAACGAUGGAGGAAUAUUCCGGCGAAGGUGAGCCGGAGAUUCUAUUCACCGGAGAGUAUACCAACGGCGGCAAUGUACGCCCUCCGGUUACUGAUACGACGCCGUUGAUGAGAGGUUCCGGUACAGGUAGUCGUCGGAGACCUACGGUGAGGCCGAGUUUAGAUUCUGAUGAUCUUAUUAAUUUGCUUCAUGGAUCUGAUCCGGUUAAGCUUGAACUUAAUCGCUUAGAAAAUGAAGUUAGAGAUAAGGAUCGAGAAUUGAGCGAAUCACAAGCUGAAAUUAAAGCGCUCAGAUUAUCUGAACGCCUUAGAGAAAAAGCGGUUGAGGAGCUCACUGAAGAGUUGUCAAAAGUGGACGAGAAGCUGAAGUUGACAGAAUCUCUUCUGGAAAGCAAGAAUCUGGAAAUCAAGAAGAUCAACGAUGAGAAAAAAGCAUCUAUGGCAGCUCAGUUUGCAGCAGAAGCCACUUUACGAAGGGUUCAUGCAGCUCAGAAAGAUGAUGAUAUGCCUCCGAUUGAGGCCAUUCUUGCACCUUUGGAAGCCGAGCUUAAGUUGGCAAGACAAGAGAUUGCUAAACUUCAAGAUGACAACAAAGCCUUAGAUCGACUAACCAAAUCAAAAGAGGCUGCAUUACUUGAAGCCGAAAGGACUGUGCAGGUUGCUUUGGCAAAGGCAUCAAUGGUGGAUGAUCUUCAGAAUAAAAAUCAGGAGUUGAUGAAGCAGAUAGAAAUUUGCCAGGAGGAAAAUAAAAUUUUGGAUAAAAUGCACCGUCAAAAGGUUGCUGAGGUGGAAAAACUUACCCAAACUGUACGGGAGCUUGAAGAGGCAGUUCUUGCUGGCGGUGCGGCUGCAAAUGCUGUGAGGGACUAUCAACGAAAAGUUCAAGAGAUGAAUGAAGAAAGAAAAACUUUGGACAGAGAGCUAGCUCGUGCAAAAGUCACAGCAAAUAGAGUGGCAACAGUUGUAGCGAAUGAAUGGAAAGAUGCUAAUGACAAAGUGAUGCCGGUAAAGCAAUGGCUUGAAGAAAGAAGGUUCUUGCAGGGUGAAAUGCAACAAUUGCGGGACAAACUAGCUAUAACUGACCGUGCUGCAAAGACUGAGGCUCAGCUAAAGGAAAAAUAUCAACUACGACUUAGGGUUCUAGAAGAUACUUUGAGAUCACCAAACACUGGUUGUUCUUCACGUCGCCAAUCCUUGGGUGGUGCAGAUAAUUUUAACAAAUUGGCCUCUAAUGGAUUUUUACCCAAAAGAUCGCCAUCUUUUCAAAUGAGAUCAACACUUCCCUCUGGUUCGAGUUCAGUGUUGAGGCAUGCAAAAGGUACAUCAAAGUCAUUUGAUGGUGGGACCCGAUCACUCGACAGGGGUAAACUUAUCUCAAGUGGGGGUAAUAGUCCUACUUUUAAUAGUGGGCAAUCAUGUGAUGGAACGAAAAAUGAUGAUACUCCUACUAGUUCCUGGAAAGAUAAUCCAGAUGAGAAACCUGAAACAGAAGAUACUGUACCAGGAUUGUUGUAUGAUUUGCUGCAAAAAGAAGUGAUUGCUUUGAGGAAAUCUGGUCAUGAAAAGGAUCAAAGCCUUAAAGACAAGGAUGACGCCAUUGAGAUGUUAGCAAAGAAAGUAGAUACUUUAACAAAGGCUAUGGAGGUAGAGGCAAAAAAGAUGAGAAGGGAAGUAGCGGCCAUGGAAAAAGAGGUAGCUGCUAUGCGUAUUGAUAAAGAACAGGACAAUAGAGCGAAACGAAUCGGAAAUUCAAAGACUCCUGCGAGCUCCUCUCAGCAGCUGUCAGCCAAGAACGUAGCACGAGGUGGAUUAACCCGAAGCACCCAAUAACAAAAAAAUGAGGAACAGUGAUUAUUACUUUGUUUUAGUUGAUUAUAUAAUGGAAUGCUGUAACUAGCAUACCCAUAGGUCGCGAAGAUGAAGUAAGAAGAAAAAUGGGCGGGUAUGGAUAUCGGUAUGUUUUUCUGACUAGUUUAUGUAGAAGAUAUCAGCAGUGAGAGUGAAGCUGAGCUAACCUUUUCUUUCUCACAGUUAAUUUGAGGGUGUGGGUUGUAUAGGAUAGCUGCUUUUUAUUGUGCUUAGUGUGAUUGUGAUGAAGAACAAACCGAGAGUUUUUUAUUUUUAGAUAUUUAGUAUUGAUUUGUUUGUGCUUUGUGGCGUAUGUUCCCCCUCUGCUUUCUGUAUUCAUUCACAAAUAAGCUUAAUAAUUAUAAUUUAUAACUGAUUAUAGAAUCUUCAUUAUUACAGUUA